CAGGCGCAUAUCCUUCCUCUUUAAGAAUCAGGGUGCGCUUGGGCAGCUAGGCUGCUUAUGGCCACUAUUUCGAGAGUGACACCUCUGCGUCACAGAAAUCAUCGAUGUGUCUGCCCGGGGACGCGCGGGAAGUCGGAGGAGUUGCAGACCGUCGGCGGGAGACAACCACAAACCCGAGGCGGAGAACAAACGCAAAGGCAGCGCAGCGCCUCCGCUCCGCACCCAGCGCGCGGCAGGCGGCCAGCGCGCCCCAGGCGGCCCCUCCUCCCGCGCGCGCGCACAUCUCGCGCUUCCCCAAAGCUCCCCGGUCGCCACACGGCUUCUGCGCAGGCGGCAGGCGGGGAGGCCGGAAGCGGAAGUGGUUGGGGGGGGGAGUUGCGUGGGCACCUCGCUGACUAGUUGCCAUGCGCGACUUGAAAGAGCCUGGAUGUCGGCCCACAGCGACCCCGUGCGGGUGUGUGAAGCCCGCCCUGGAGACAGGAAAUCUUUUAACUGAACCAAUUGGCUACUUGGAAUCCUGUUUCUUGACCAAGAAUGGCACUCCAAGGCAACCAUCCAUUUGUAGCCAUUCACGGGCUUGUUUGAGAAUUAGAAAGAGCAUCUUUAAUAAUCCUGAACAUUCCUUGAUGGGCUUAGAACAGUUUUCUCACAUUUGGGUUUUGUUUGUUUUCCACAAAAAUGGUCAUUUGAGUUGCAAGGCAAAAGUGCAGCCCCCCAGGCUGAAUGGCGCGAAGGUUGGAGUUUUUGCUACAAGGAGCCCUCAUCGUCCCAGUGCGAUAGGAUUGACCCUAGCCAAGCUGGAAAAGGUGGAAGGUGGAGCUGUGUACCUUUCUGGAAUUGACAUGAUUCAUGGCACUCCCAUUCUAGACAUAAAGCCCUACAUAGCUGAUUACGACUCGCCACAAAAUUUGACUGACCCUCUAGGAGACUUUAGUUCACAGAACAACGAGCGCAGUCCAAAAGCCGACUCUCAGCCUGAUGGCAAGACUGAGAGCUGUGACCUGCCACAGCUCUCCAGGGGGAAUGAGCCACAGCCACACGCUAACACCGAGGAGAAGAAGCUGAACUGCCUUGAAGACAGACCUUCAGGGGAAAACAACAAGAAGCACGACAACACAGCGAAAGUCCGGCGAAACUCACCAAAGUGCAGGGAAAUGGCAGCCGACUUGAGUUCAGAACCAAGAAAUGAUCAAAGCUCAAGUGCAGCAGAAGAGAAAAUCAACCCAGACCACCUGGGGAAGGGCAUUUCAGAGAAAGGUACAGCUAGAAGGCUAAGGAGUGGGAAAGAAGCUAACAGCCCACCAGAAAACAGUGUGGAGAUGCAGCUGGAGGGGCCUCACUGCCUUCCUAGCAUGGCUGACGCAGCCCAGUGCAGUGUGGUUCCCAGGUGGGUGACAGAAGCUCCUGUGGCCUCCUUACAAGUCCGAUUCACUCCUCACGCAGAGAUGGACCUUGGGCAGCUCAGUCCUCAAGGCAAACCAGAUGCCAGUCAGGCCUCAUUUAGAUAUUUUCAAUCAGCCAAGGAAGCCAGGCGUGCCAUUGAGGCUGUGCUGUCCGCCGACCCUCGGUCUGUGUAUCGCCGGAAACUCUGCCAGGACCGCCUUUACUACUUCAGUGUAGACAUGGCACAUGUCACUUGCUGGUUUGGUGACGACUUUGCAGAGGUUCUAAGGAUCAAGCCAGCACCCGAGCCUGUUCAGAUGACUGACCCCACAGAGUCCUUGGUGUCUCUGGGAUCAUAAGGAACAUCGAUCAUCUCUUUAAGAACCUGGUUGACUUGGGUUGUGCCUAUCACAUGUCCUGGGUGGGUGCAUUAUGUGCAACUUGGCGAGCCCACUGCUCUGAUUAAUCUGGGUUGUUCAAAAUGUCUAUUUGGAAAAACAAAGAUUUUAGUAAACUUCACUGGGAGAGACUAAAUUGAGACAUUGCCAAAUGCUUUUGACCUGUUUAUGCUGAGGGAGCCAAAGGUGCUGCUGUCUCAGUAAUUCCUGAAAGAAACUGAUUCUUCUUGGGUCUUGAUAAAAUCGGGCAGAUAUCCUUUCUAGGGAGGACUUUCAAGUUAAGGGGGCACGUCUAACAGUUCUUAUUGCUUUUCCUGUUUGGGAAUACAUGACGUCUGCAUUUUAUUCUAAAUCAAACUGAGUCACUAAAUUUUAGGAAACUAACAAAAUCAAAAACAAGUGGCCAUCAAGAUCUAUAGAGAUUAAACCUCUGUCUCAGAGACUUUGACACACACACACACACACGUAUAGAUGUACACAUAGUUAAUGCUGAUUCCAAAAUGAACUCUGAGAUUUCUUUGGAUACUUUCAUGUCAGAAUUAAAAAAAAAUAAAAAGUCGCCCUUCAAGAGAGACAGGAGAUAGCACACUCAGUAGAGUGCAUGCCUUCCUGUGAGUUUGAGCCCCAAAACCACAUGGUAGCAACAUGGUUGGCACCAAGGGAAUUCCACGAAUGCAGUCUCUUCUCUAUCUCUUUGUCUCUUUUGUCUUGCAAAGAAUAGAAAAUUGGGUCAGGGAGGCUGUGAAGUAUUAUUAAGCAAGCAUGAGGCUUUAAAUUCAUUCCCUGGCUAGGGAGAAAGGAAGGAAGGAGAGAGGGAAGGUAGGUGACCGUCAAGCACAAGAAAGUGCCAGUUAUGGCUUUAUUUCUUUAUUUUUUUACACGGGUUUAUUUCUUACUAUUAUUAUUAUUAUUUUAAUAUUUAUUUCCUUUUGUUGCCCUUGUUUUAUUGUUGUUUUAUUGUUGUUGUUAUUGAUGUCGUCGUUGUUGGAUAGGACAGAGAGAAAUGGAGAGAGGAGGGGAAGACAGAGAGGGGGAGAGAAAGACAGACACCUGCAGACCUGCUUCACCACCUGUGAAGCGGCUUCCCUGCACGUGGAGAGCCAGGGGCUUGAACCGGGAUCCUUACGAUGGUCCUUGUGCUUUGCGCCACCUGCACUUAACCCGCUGCGCAACCACCCGGCUCCCUCUUCCUCUGAUUAUUUACUGAGCACGCACUGCAGUAGAUUUGGUUUUGGUGAUGAAAUGUAUGAGACGCAGUUCCUUUUCUUUCUCCCUUUUUUCCUCCCUCCCUCCCCUCUUCUUUCUUUCUUUUAGAUUUGUUAGUUGGAAAGAGAACCAGAGCAUCACAUCUGGUACACGUGACGGACGCCAGUGAUUGAAUCUAGAACCUCAAGCUCUUAGGUCCAGCACUAGCAACAGCACCGCCUCCUAGGUCUCCAAGAUGCAGCUCUUGUUGCAGGUCAUAGCGGAGGAAGUAAGACAUGCGUAAACCAUUGUAUUGCUCAGAGUUAAAUAUAGCCAUUAAGUCCGCACAUGGCUCCUGUGGAGAAUCAUGUAGGAGGCAGCUGUAAGAAAGUAUUGCCUAUAGGUGAUUGUAAUGAUGAGAUUCCAGAUAACUGAAGAUUUAUGACACCUGUCAACAAGACACGGGCUUUCCUAAUUGCAGGUGUAAAUCUUAAGGGCUGAUUGAUCAUGGUUUUUUAAUGAGCCCUGCUGCUUGUAGGUACUUGCAUAGCUAUUUGUGACUGAUGACACUACACCCUUGAAACAAGCAGGGUUGUCUUGAGGGCAACUGAGAACCUCUUGGGUUCCUUCCCUUGCUAAAAGCUUUUUGUGAGCUAAUUGUUGAAUCACAGGGGGUUAUAGAAAUUGUGUGGAGACCCCGUCUUUUACCUAGCUUUAGUGGUAAUGUCUUACAUAAGUAGAGUAUAGUAUUACAACUAGGGAGUUGGUAUGGGUACAGUCUGCCCUUGCCUUUAGUUUUGAUGUGCUUUUUUUUAAUUUUUGCCUCCAGGGUUAUCACUGGGGCUUGGUGCCUGUACCACAUAUCCAUUGCUCUUGGAGGCCAUUUUUUUCCCAUUUUGUUGCCCUUGUUUAUCAUUGUUAUUAUUAUUUUUUAAUUGUUCAAAGACAUCUAUAAUCAGAGAAUUGCAAGUAAAGACAACAGCUUCAUACUAUACAUAAGAAAUGACAGAAGGGAGUCGGGCGGUAGCACAACGGGUUAAGUGCAUGUAGCACAAAGCGCAGGGACCGGCGUAAGGAUCCAGGUUCAAGCCCCCCGGCUCCCCACCUGCAGGGAAGUCGCUUCACAGGUAGUGAAGCAGGUCAGCAGGUGUCUAUCUUUCUCUCCCCUCCUCUGUCUUCCCCUCCUCUCUCCAUUUCUUUCUGUCCUAUCCAACAAUGACGACAUCAAUAAUAACUACAACAAUAAAACAACAAGGACAACAAAAGGGAAUAAAUAAAUAAAUAAAUAAAUAUAACAAAAAAAAUUAACCUUUGCUUUUUGGUGCCUGUAGGGGGAGCCCUUGAUAGCCAAUUCUUCUCACUCAUUUGAUUCAAAACCUGUUCAAGUUGUCCAAGUGAUUUCGGUUUUUGACCCACCUGCUCCAACUCUCCUUUCUGCGAGAACCCCUUUGACAAGAAUGCCCGUGUGUGUCAGUGAUAUGUGAAUGAGGUUACGUAGAGGAGUGCAGCUUACUACUUUUUAAAAUUGUAGCUUGGUUUAAGGGAUGAGAUGGAUUACUCGAGCAUAUGGAGUCUGUGUGCAACCAUGUAGACGGACACAUUAGCCAAACCCGGGCAUGUGUGUACACGAUGCGUUCACAUUGUUUAUGCUUGUGGCCUUUUCCUCGGAGAGAAGGAAAUGGAGGUGAGAGCAUUGAUCAACCUCUUGUUGAUAGUUCCCCCUUCCCACCCCUUUUUUUCCUCCGUGUAGAAGGUGAAAAACGGGGAGACACCAGCACCACCCCACUGUCAGUGGCAUUCCCCCUUUGUGUGGUGCUUCUGUGUGGUGGCUGGGGACUCAAACCCCAGGCCCUCACACAUGGUGAAGUGUGUGCUCUACCAGUUGAGCUAUUUCCCAGCUCUUGGUACUUUCCCUCCCUGCCUCCCUCCCUCACUUUCCUCAGUUUCUCCUCCUCUUUCUAAAAAUUUACCAGAGCACUGCUCAGCUCUGAGUUGUGAUAGUAUGGAGGACUGAAUUUGGAACUUCAGAGCCUCAGGAGUAAAAGUCUUUUUAUUUUGUUUUACCAGAGCACCGUUCAACUCUGGUAUUACUGAGGAUUGAACCUGAGACUUUCUGUGCCUCAGGUAUGAAAGCCAUUUUGCAUAACCAUUAUGCUAUCUCCCUAGCCCCCCUCCCCCAAAUAAAAUUUUUUUCAUAGCCCUUAUACUGUCUCCCCCACCCUCCUGGUAGUUUUGUUUUUCUGGCACAGUUCUGAAGGAAGUAAAUGAGGAGUCCAUAGUAAAGAGUCCUGCCUUGGUCACUGAACUUUUAUUGUGUCUUUAGCACUCAGCUAUGUGCUUUCCAUAUAGUGAUCAGAGGUUAAAUUAUGUGCUCAAUUUUUUUUUAUCAGCUUUGGUGUAUGAGGGUGGGCGGAUUGAACCUCAGGCAUGAGAGUCUCCGCAUAACCACUGUGCUAUCUACCUCUCCCCUCCCCCAACCCUGUGCUCAAAUUCACACAGCUGGUCAGUCACACACUGAGGACUUCAACUCCCCAGUUGGAUCCCACCACCUGCCCCAGUGUGACUGUAGGUGCCAGAACCCCAUGCUGGCUCCUUAGAGGAUCAGCCUCUCCAUUUGCUGACACACAGGCCACUUAGCAUAGUGACAUUCAGGGAAUUCAGUUGUUCAGUGAGCAACAGGGCGAGCUAAGGGCAGAAGCAGAAAUACCCACUGCCGCCUCCUCUGCUGGGAUCAGGGGGAGAUAGGAGAGGACAGAGUUUGGCCUCAGACUCCUCUAGUGCUGCUGUUUAUGUGCACUGAGCUGCCGUGUGACCUUAAGAUCAUUCUCACACCUACCUCCACCCCACAAAACAAAAACAGCUUCAAAGAAAUAUAUAAUCAGGGGCCAGGGGGUUGAGCAGUGGGUUAAGUGCACAUGGCACAAAGAGCAAAGACAGGUGUAAGGAUCCCGGUUCAAGCCCCUGGCUUCCAACCUGCAGGGGGGUCGCUUCACCAAUGGUGAAGCAGGUCUGCAGGUGUCUAUUUUUCUUUCCCCCUCUCUGUCUUUCCCUCAGCAACAACAACAAUAACAAGGGGAACAAAAUGGGAAAAAAUAGCCUACAGGAGCAGUGGUCUGAUAGUGCAGGCACCGAGCCCCAGCAAUAACCCUGGAGGCAAAUAUAUAAUCAAGUUUGUUUUAUUUUUCCUGUUGUCAUUAAAAACAAGACUCUCAACCUAGUUAAGUUACCGAGUGACUCUCAGUUGUCUCCAGUUUACUUUCUGCCCCUGGAGAGAACCUUCCCAGGCUCCAGCACAUGCAGUCAGGACUCACAGUUCUGGCCAAUUUAUGUGACUGAAUAGCAAGCAGAAGAAAAGGCUUUCAAAUGCCCAUUAGGGCAAAGACUCAAUGAUACAUGCUUUGUUUUUCCUUAGAAGGGGCCACUUACAAGUUCAUACCACACAAACCAAAUCAGAGGCAGUGUUAAUAAUCACAGUGCUUUUGCUGUGCUGACAAAAAUGGUAGAACUGGAUGUAAUAAAAUGUUACCAACACCUGCCUUAUAGAUAACUUGAGAAUCCUACUCAUAUUCUUCACUAAUUCUUCAUGCAGUUUUUGACACUGAGUAGCAUCAAUUCAUUUCCAUGCUGUUUAGUUAUAAUGCCGAUGAGAAAAAAAAAUUCUGGCCAGAUUUUGAACAUUAGACCUAAUGCCACUAUAAGCCAUAGUUUCUAAGAACCUAUCAGUGGUGUAAAAUAAAGACUUGCUUUGUAUACAUCA